AUGAAGUAAAUGGUUUAAAAUAGACAAAUGUUUUGCUGAGUCUAUAAGGAGACAGUGACGGCGAGGGUGCAAUUUUUAGUCCGAGGUGUUUUGCGGUAAUGCAAUGGCAGAAAAUAGAAAAAGAAAGCUGCUUUCACUGACAGCAGCAGCAGCAAAUACACAUAGAAACCAGACAGAUGUAAACUUAAACGUUUCACCUGCAAAACAGAAGAAGCCCAUUCACAAUGCUCAAAGUGCUGAGACCGAGCAAAGUCAUUAUUUCACCAAAACUAGAGCAGACCUGCAACACAGACUGGGAGAGGAGUUUUUCAAGCAACCUUGCAUCCGUCUGGCUAAAGCAUUUCUUGGCAAGGUGUUGGUGCACAGGUGUGAGGAUGGUACUGAGCUGAGAGGACAAAUAGUGGAGACUGAAGCGUACCUCGGAGGAGAGGACAAAGCUUCACACUCAGCGGGGGGGAAACGCACAGAAAGGAACACAGCUAUGUUCAUGAAGCCAGGAACAAUCUAUGUGUAUCCAAUCUAUGGCAUCUACCUCUGUAUGAACGUGUCUAGUCAAGGGGAGGGUGCUGCUGUGCUGUUGCGCUCCCUUGAGUCCCUGCAGGGUCAGUCUGUCAUGAGGCAGCUGCGAGCAGCGCAACGCAAAGAUGGAGCCCGACAACUGAAGGACAAAGAGCUCUGCAACGGCCCUUCGAAGCUGUGCCAGGCUAUGAAUAUACCACGCUGUUUUGACCGUCGAGAUCUUGCCUCAGACCCCGAGGUGUGGCUGGAGAGGGACCCAGACACAAAUCCAGCAGAGCACUAUGAAGUUGUGUCAGCUCCUCGCAUUGGAAUUGAGUCCCAUGGGGAAUGGGCCAAGAAGCCAUUGCGGUUUUAUCUUCGUGGGCACCCCUGCGUUAGUGUAGUGAAUAAGGAGGCAGAACGACUGUCUGUGUCAUGUACUGUAAAGAAAGAUUUAGAUUCCUCCGAUGUGCAGUAUGACACAGGACAGCUGAAUGUCAAAAGAACUCAACAGGAACCGUCCUGAAACUAUUCUGCCAUCUGUUCCCUUUGUAGGCUUCACCAUUAAGGCAGAGAGGUUUCUAUUUCCUUUGCUGGGAUACACUACUUCUCACACAAGUAGGAUGAAAUAAGACCAUUAAUGUUUUUUGAAUUUGGAAGUUCUCAUGAAGUUAAAAUGACUAAAUACCCUCCAACAAAUCUACGCACUAAUCUGUAGAAAUCAUACAAAAUGUUUCUCAUGUAUUUUGCAAGCAACAACAUAUUUUGGCACUGUGUUUUAAUGGUACUGUUGCAAAAUACUGGCAAGUUUUUACAUUAACAUUUAUUAAUAAGACACAAUUUAUCAACAGAAUGUUUAUAUUGGUUAACAAAAUCUGUUCUGAAAUAUAGUUUUUCUCAUUCCAUCUUUUUUAAUAAACAUUCUCCUGUCAGUGACUCAGUGAUUUCACAGAUGUUUGGAACACUCUGCUUCCCUCAAAGCAAAAACAGCCUCUCUCAUGUUUGGAGCCCUCCUCUUUCUUACCGGCCUUCUCUCCCCACCUCUGGGAUUCCUGAGGAGAGGUAGCUGGAGAUCU